AUGCAUCCUCCAGCAUAUCUGGACAACGCAAAAUCUGCACUCCAAGGGUAUCCAAUGAACAUCUCUACUAGACAAACUUACCCUCCAUAUAUCCCCUCCGCCACUGCCACCGCAACACGGUGGUCUACUGGUCUUUGCCAUUGUUGCGAUGACCCGGCAAAUUGUCUCGUUACUUGCAUGUGCCCAUGUGUUACCUUUGGACAAAUUGCUGAUAUAGUCAAUAAGGGUUCAAUAUCUGGUGCAGCAAGUGGUGCAGUUUAUGGUCUACUACUGGGUUUUACAGGCUUGUCAUGCUUGUACUCGUGCUUCUAUCGGCCAAGAUUGAGAGGACAAUAUGACUUGGAAGAGCCACCUUGUAGAUUGCUUGGUUCACUUCUUCUGUGA